AUGGCCGACGGCGCCGCCUCCCUCCUCCCCACCGCCGGAUACGACGGCGAGGACCGAAUCAGCGCCCUCCACGACGACCUCCUCUGUGCCAUCAUCUCCCGCCUCUCCGUCACGGACGCCGCCCGCACCACCGCCCUCUCCCCCCGCUGGUGCCACCUCUGGCGCUCCACCCCGCUCGCCCUCGACGAUGUCCACCUCCACGAGUCCGUCCGUGACGCCGUAGUCCCCCGGAUCCUUGCUGACCAUCCGGGGCCCUUCCGCGCCGUCCGCCUCGCCGAAUGCAGGUCAGCCUCCCUGGACCAUGAGCUCGCCGAGUGGCCGCGCCUCCUCGCCACCAAGGGCAUACAGAAACUCGCCCUCGUCAACAAGCACGCCCAGGCGCAGCACACCUUCUCGCCCCUCCCGGCUGACAUCCUCCGUUGCGCCUCUCUCCAGAGCAUCUCGUUGAGCUUCUGGACGUUCCCCGUUGACCUCUCCGACGUCUUUCUUCCCAAGCUCCAGAGUCUCAAUAUGACAAGAGUUGACAUGAGCGACCAUGACCUGGAGUGCUUGCUUGCUGUCAGCCCCGUUCUGAAGAUCAUUGUGCUCGCCCGCAACAAGCCCAAGCAUGUGCAUCUCCGCAGCCAAAGCCUCCAAUGCGUGGUCAUUGGACGCUCCGCGGUGAAGGAGGUCGCCGUGAUGGAAACACCACUCUUGGAUCGCCUUAUCUUGUUGGAUCCGCCUCGUGUUGUCGGAGGUGCUGGUAUGAGGGUCAAGUUUGCCUGUGCACCCAACCUGCGGGUGCUUGGCUACCUGGAGCCCAGAGGUCACAAGCUGCAGAUCGGCGACCAUGUCAUCGAGCCAAACAUGAAGGCAAGCCCAGGAACCGUGGUUCCAAGCGUCAAGAUAUUGGCCUUGAAGGUGAAUUUUGGUGUCUUGGGGGAGGUCAACAUGCUUGCCCGUUUCCUUAGAUGCUUUCCCAAUGUUGACACGCUUCACAUCGAGUCUCUCCGGCAUGAUCCAUUCGUAGCUGGCUAUGAUCCAACGGGGGAGUACCAUGCCAAGUUCUGGCAGGAGGUCAGUCCAAUUAAAUGCUUGAGAUCACACGUCAAGAGGAUGGUUUUCCACAAAUAUCGAGGGUAUCAAAACGAAUUUGAAUUCCUCAAGUUCAUCGCCAAGGGUGCGCUGGAGCUGCAGUCUUUGGUGCUUGUGCCGCGUGAAGAAAAUUUUGCUUUACGACAUGAGAUGGAUGAGAUGAUAGACGGAUUGGGGUGUCCACGGUUUCGAGAAUGGACCUCCAAAGUAUUGCUGGUGUUGACUAAAGUAGACGUUGCUUUUAGUUUGAAGGAAGCAUCUGAUCUUACUGUCGACGACCCUUUUCCCUGCUCAAUGCAUGGCUAA